AUGUCGUGUCCAGAGUGUUUCCGUGGAACAGUGCACACUCGCACUCAGCCCACAGGUGGCUUUCAGAACUUGGGCGGAAUCCGAACCUACAUCGCAGGAGGAAGUGAUCCAACGCGAAGCAAAUCAACCAUAAUCUAUCUUCCAGAUGCCUUUAGCCUUCGCCUGGUUAACAACAUGAUAUUGGCAGAUAAAUAUGCCGAGUUAACUGGAUGCCGGGUGCUCAUUCCAGAUAUCGUUUUUAACAAUGGAUUGAAUCCCGACAUUUUCCCCUACAUGGAAAUGACUCUGACGCCAAUCCCAAAAUUCAGCGUCAGAAGCAUCGCGCAGAAGGUUCUGGCAACCUUGUACAUUCUCCCACAAGUGCUACCAUUUGUUCUCUUUGGCCAUCCUAAGAGGGUUUAUCCAAAGCUACUACAGUUCACCCGUGCCAUGCGACAAGAGAUCCCGGCUGGAGGCAAACUCGGCGUAUCUGGCUUUUGUUGGGGUGGAUGGGGUUCAACUAUGCUUUGUACCGAGACGACCAUCGACGGAGGUUCGGAGAGGCUAAUCGAUGCACAAUUCAACGGCCACCCGAGCUAUCUGAAUGAGAGCGCAGACAUGAUCAGACGGGCGAUCGAGGAAUUUCGGGUACCCUACUCUAGCGCAGUAGCGGGUGACGACUGGGAAUUCAAUGCCCAGGUUGCCAACAAUAUUGAGGCAAACAUACGUGAACGGCUCUCCGAAGGAUCAGGAGAUGGAAAUGAAGACUACAAGUACGAGUUCAAGGUUUACAAGGGCUGUAAACAUGGUUUCUGCGUUCGAGCAAAGGAGGACGAGAUAAAUAUGGAAGGGUACAAUGCAGCAUUGCUACAAGCUGUUAAUUGGUUCAAUAAAUAUCUUAACUGA